AUGGCGCUUAUAACGAACCACUGGAGUCUGGAUGGCAUAAUAACUUUAAUAAUCCUCAUAAUAAUUGUCUACUUUUAUAUGACUCGCAAUUUUAAAUAUUGGCAAAAGCGAGGCGUUUUAGAAAUAACCCCGAUACCUUUUAUGGGCAACUUCACGGAAUGUUUAAUUUUAAAGAAAUCUCCGGGAUAUUUUCUGAAGAACAUUUAUGACCAAGCGAAGGGACAUCCUUAUAUAGGUUUCUAUAUUUUCGACAAACCUUUCUUGCUACUUCGCGAUCAUGAACUCAUCAAAAAUAUCUUGAUGAAAGAUUUUAAUACUUUCUUUGAUCGAUAUGCCUCAGCCGAUCCGAGUGAUCGUAUCGGUUACGCCACUCUCUUCUCCAUAAAAAAUCCAGCUUGGAAAAUUAUAAGAAUGAAAUUGACGCCAUUCUUUACAUCCGGAAAAUUGAAGAAAAUGUUUGGCUUAAUGCUAGAAUGCACGAAGAAUUUGGAAGAUUAUCUCGACUCACUGAAAUUGAAAGGUGAAGGUAAGGUAAUAGACGUGAAGGAUUUAAGUGCCAAAUUAACCAUGAAUGUGAUCAAUAGCACUGCUUAUGGGCUUGACACUAACCCGUUCAAGGAUCCGAAUUUCUAUAAAUACGGCAGAAUGAUUUUUAAUAAUAGUUAUAUCCGUAGCUGGGAAAUACUCGCGCUAUUCUUCCUUCCAAAUGUAGUUCGUAGGACUCGUUUUAAAUUGUUCGGUAAAGAAACCACAAUCUUUCUGCGCAAAAUCUUUUGGGAGACGAUCACUAAGCGCAUGGAAUCUGACACAAAAAGAAACGAUCUCAUCGAUAUUCUGGUAGAACUCAAGAAAAAUAGUAGUAAUGAAGAUAUUGAAGGCUUCAGUAAGCAAAAUAGCUAUAAAUGACCAUUCGACAUAAACACAUACUUAAGAUUGAUUCACUGCAAUCAUCU